AUGCCUUUCGUGCAGCGUGCUGUAGAACCGAAGUUUCUCUCGCGGACGAGUUUGCGAGAUGAUAAUGGAAGGCCCAGGGUUACGGACGAGGAACUUCAAGCCGUUACUAAUUGCACUCUUAGCAACGCGCUUCGCCAACUAGCUUCUUUAGUGCUAUUAGCGGAGGAUAUCUUCAACGAUUUAACGUGCCAACUUCAAGGAAUAACAGAACGCUCCAAAGCCGCUCAAUUGAGGAUCGAGAAAAUUAACGAAAUCGUUGAGAAGUAUGACCCGAAGAAAGUGCCAGUUCGGCGUUAUCUAAAAACCUGUUUCGGCGCUCCGUCGAACCCGCAAUGGGAAAAAACGUCCAGAUUCCAAAGCGGACCA